UGAACUUUGGGAGAGAUAAUUCUUAUUAAAUCAUAAAGAAAGAAGAGUACAAUAUUGGGAAAGAUAAAAAAAAAAAUGAAGAAUAGAAAAGAAAGCAAACACAACAAAAGAGUGUCAGUGAAUGUGUUGUUAGUGUAGAUAAUGUUGUAAAUGUUAAUGUCAAGCUGUCCGUUUGCUGUUAUGUUACAAAAACCGAUCGUUUCCUCGAAGAAAAUGCGCUUAAGUUUUCUCCAUCAGCUCUGCGUACUGCACAUCUCGUUAUCUUUUUAUGAUAUCUCAGUUCAAUCAGUUGAUAGAAUAAUAUAAGAUUCUGUCCUUUUUUGUCCAAUUAUAAUUACAGGAAUAGACUGCCUCAUUCUCUGAUAUAGUUUUCGAAUUAUUCCUUACAAUGGUCGUUCACCCUUCCUCUCUUUUCUUUCAACUUAAGUCUACCAUCCUUCUUGCUAUUUCCCAGUUCAGCACUUGGUGCUUCCCAGAAGAUAACUUCCAAGACAUGCACCUGUUCCCCUUCGUAGCCCGCAGUCCACGGUCAGUAUCCAACUGAAACCUCCAGCAACACAAUUCAACAUGUCCAAAAAUUCAUAACUUUAACUUAUCUCAAAUUGUCACCAUCUCAAACCAUCAGUGAUUGCGAUAUUCUUAAAUGUAUGAAAGGCCGAAUAUAUAAUCUAUGAAGCUCAAACAUUUUCUCCAAACGAUAGUCAAGAUUAUUGCACCCUUUCCUCCUGCUAACGCUUACUCUAGAUAACACCUUUUACAAUAUCUUCAUCACAGCCGAAAAGUAGCAGUAAUAGAUUCUGAAAAUCUCCCUGGCAUUCCACUCGCAACGUUUGAUCCCCCAGAUGAUCCAGGAACGCCUACUCCUACAGAGCCACCUACACCACCACUAAUUAAAGCUCCGGAGGAGCCUCCAUUAGUGCCGCCUGUUGCACCAACUACUCCCACAGAUGAUCCAGGAACGCCUACUCCUGUAGAGGCACCUGCACCUCCACCAGUCAUAGAUUCUGAGGAGUCUACAGACAAGCCACCUGUUGCACCCAUUGCUCCCCCAGGUGGUCCGGACAUGCCUACCCCUGUAGAGCCACCAGUACCUCCAGCAAUCAUAGCUCCUGAGGGACCUUGGUCACCAGAUGCACCAGUUAUUCCACCGGAUAACCCGGAAAUGCCUACUCCUGUAGAGCUGCCCGCUCCUCCACCAAGUCAUGGAUCCUAAGGAGCCUCCUGUCAUGCCAUUUGGUGCGCCCAUUGUUCCAGCAGAUGGUCUUGACAUGCCUACUUCUGGCAAUCCACCUGUACCUCCACCCGUUAUAGAUCCUGGGGAGCCUCCAGCCAUGCUAUUUGAUGCACUAGGUGCACCCCCAGAUGAUCCAGACAUGCUCACCCAGGUAGAGCCACUUGCACCCGCAAUCGUCAUAGAUCCAGAAGAGCCUCCUGUCAUGCCACCAGUUGUACCAGUUGUGCUCCCAACUCCUGUAAUAGAUCCUGAAGAGCCCUCCAUCAUGCCCCCCGUAGAGCCCCCCAUACCUUCAGCAGCGGAAGACCCUGUAGAACUGACGGCAAUCCCACCUGUAGAGCCAGCUGCACCUCCACCUGUCAUAGUUCCUGAGUAGCCUCCAGUUACGCCACCAGAUGCACCAGUCGUGCUCGCUGUUGAUCUAGGAAUACCUUCUACUGUAGAGCCGCCUCUACCUCCACCAGGCAGGGAAGAAGAGCCUCCAGCCAUUCUGCCUGUUGCACCAUUUGGUAAACCAGAUGAUCCAGGAAUGCUUGCCGCUGAAGAGCUACCUGUACUUUCACCAGCUGUAGUACCUGAGCAGCCUCCAGCAAAACCACCUGUUGCAGCCGUUGCUCCCUCAGAUGAUCCGGGAAUGCCUACUACAGUAGAGCCACCUACACUUCCACCAGUUAAGGAUCCUGGCGAACCUUCAGCCAUUGCUUCAGAUUUUGCUUCCAGAAGCACUUCCUGUUUAAUAGUGU